AUGUCUCGUCCAAUUGAGUCAUUGAAAGAAAUCAAUGAUUCCAAAGAUUUGUGGAAGAUCGCAGUUAGAUGCAAGCAUCUAUGGUCUGUCAUAAGUUCUUCAAACAAAGAACACAUGGAAAUGGUUUUGGUUGAUUCUAAGCGUGAUAUGAUUCAAGCUGUUGUCCCUGCUUAUUUGCUUUCGAAAUUCAAAUCUGAAAUUGAAACAGGAAACUCUUAUAUCAUGCAAAAUUUUAAAGUUGGGAAGAAUGAUUUUGCUUUUAAGUCGACAAAUCAUACAUACAAUUUGGUUUUUUGUGGGUCAACUUCUGUUAAGAAAGCAGACUUUCCUGACAUCCCUCAUAACUACCUUAACAUUAUUGGUUUGAAUUCCAUAGUUGAAGGAAGGUUUCAAUCAAAUGUUUUGGUUGAUUUGAUUGGAGGAAUCCCUGAUAUCUCUCAAACCCAAGUUAACGGUGACAACAGCAAGAAGAGAAUACAAGCCUCUGAUAUUGUCAUUGUGCUAAUCAAUGCAAGGGUUAAAGAGGCUCAAGGAGGAUUUCCAGUUAGUGUUUCCAACACAUGGAAUAGAACGAAAUUGUUGAUUAAUGACCUUGCUAUUAAAGAAGAAACAACCCGUGUUACCGUUUCUACCCUCGAUAAGUUUGAUGCUGGACAAAUGGGAUGGUACUAUGAUGGUUGUGUGGAAUGCACAAGGAGUGUGACUGCCAAGGAUGGAAAGCUGAAGUGUUUUAAGGAGCAUAUUAGCCCAGAACCUGUGCCACGGUAUAAGCUUGAUAUAACAGCUGUUGACGGCAGUUCCAAGUCUGGUGAUUACGAUCCACUUGAAUUCCCUUACGAACUUGACUCAAUAUUGAAAAAUGAAUUGAUCUCAAAACUUCAAGCACCAGAACCUCUAUCCCAGGAUGAUAUGAAUAGCAUUUCUGAACAAGUAUCUGCAUCUGCAGAAAAUGACCUGACCAUUGAAAAUUCAGGACUCACUCCAUGUAAGAGACUUAUAAAUGAUGCAGUAGAAGAUAAUGAUAGUGUACAACAAUCAUCAACCAAGAUGGCCAAAGAUAUUAAAAAGGAGAAAUAG